AGCAAUCGCUUUCUGUGUUAAUAGACAACAACAGCUACACACUACAUAAACAAGACUAGUAGUAGCAUAGAGAAUUGUUUUUCAUUUACUCCUCACCAAAGCUAUUCAAUACUACACACACUACAGCCUGUAUGUUACCUGUCCCUCCCUUUGAUAUUCUUUUUACAGGUCAAAGUGGAUUCUUGAAAUUCGUGUAAAAGAUUGAAGUAGCACAUAGUACUAUAUUCUCUGUAAGCGCCGCUCGUGGACAUUAAAGAUUAGACGUCUAUAAUUGUGAGAUUUGGUGGGUUUUGAUUGGUGAAAAUGAAAAAUUAAUAUAAAUCAUUUUUCACCUUUUCUUAAUCCGCCAUUUUCUCAUUUAUGUACAUUGGUUUUCACCUUUGGCUUUGGAGCAAACUUUACUUGAGCUCUAUGCAUAGUACUUUGAAGAACAAAGAAUUGUUUUUUGAGUUUGUUGUAUAAUAUAUGGUUUAAUAGUUGACCAUAUUGGAGGUGUUACAUUGAGCAUAAUCAACGGCAGGUCGGUGAAUUUUGUUGGGAAUUUUCUGUUGCCUUGGGAGGAACUUAAGGUACAAAAAACAAGUCCUAUGCUUGAUUCUUUUUUAUGCAAUUGUUUACUGUGAGUUUGCUGUAUCAACAAGGGAAAAAGGAAACUUCUUGUUUGACAAUACUAGUUGUCACUCUGGUUUUUUGUAUGUAGUUGGUGAUUGGCACUCUGUAUGAAGACAUGGUGUGCUAAUUUUAUAAUACAGUUUUAGGAUUGAGUCAAGAUUUUUUGAAUUGUUUAUAGGGAGUGAAACUCGGUCCUAAAUCUCGGGAAUUGGCGUGGGGUAUUUAAAGAGUUAUUGGUGGUUGUUUGUUUGAGAGUUCAUAUAUGUGGUGAGAGGAUAUCUGAGGAUUUGAUGUGGUAUUUUGAUAAUGAAAACAAUGCAAGUAGAAGAAGUCUUCUUUGAUUCUGCUGACUAUUUAGAGGAACCAGGUUCUUUGAAAAGGAAUUCGGGGUAUGAUUUAUGGUUGAUGGAGCCAGAUAGUGUGAACAGACGACGAGAGAAUUUUUUGAAUGAAAUGGGAUUUGUUGGAUUUGACUGUGUACGCAGUGUAGCCAGUGAUGAAUCUGAUUCAAUGGGGCUGAAGAGGAUUGUGGAAAGCAGUGAAGCAGUUUGUAGUUCUGGGUCGGAGGAAGAGUUGUUGUGUAACGAAAGGGAGUCUAGUGGUAAUGCAAAUUCAUUGACCGAUGAAUUAGAUCAGACAUGGUUUGAUGAUGUGGCUGACGUUUCAAGUGAUUGCGCUGCCGGUUCUCCUGAUCGAGAACGUACUUGUUUUGAUGCCACUUCCGACCACACAGACUGUAAGGAUAGUAUCUUGAAAAAACAGAAAAUAAAUAAGUGGUGGAAACAAUUUAGCCUAAAGAUGAGGAAAAGUCAAUCUACUCAUGAUGUAUCUAAGACGUCUAAGAUAUUCUCUGAAAAGCAGAAGGUAACUCCAAUGGACGUGCAACUUAACAGGAAAAAAAUUAAUGAGUUCAGUGCUGUUUUUGGUGGACAAGAAAUCAGUGCUCACAGUGGCCUGAUUUGGACAAUGAAGUUUAGUCCUGAUGGGAAAUAUCUGGCUAGUGCCGGUGAAGAUGGGGUUGUCCGGAUAUGGCUGGUAACAGUUGAUUCGUCAUGUGAAUCACCCAACUUCAAUUUCAGCAGUCACCGCAUGAAAGGCAAACAUGGGCAUAAGAAGAAAAAGUCUUGUUAUACCCCUGUUAUUGUUCCUGAGAAGGCAUUCAAAAUUGAAGAGUCACCGCUCCAUGAGUUUCACGGUCAUACUGCUGGCAUUUUGGAGCUUGCUUGGUCCUCGUCUAACUGUGUUCUAUCAUCAUCCAAAGAUAAAACUGUUCGUCUAUGGCAAGUUGGUUUGGAUGGAUGUCAAGGAGUUUUCCAUCACAAAAACUAUGUGACAUGCGUCCAGUUCAAUCCUGUUAAUGAGAACAUCUUCAUCAGUGGCUCCAUAGAUGGAAAAGUUCGUAUUUGGGGAGUUCCAGGAAAGCGAGUUAUGGAAUGGGCUGAUGUGCAUGAUAUUGUGACUGCCAUAGCUUAUCAGCCAAAUGGCGAAGGCUUUAUAGUUGGUUGUAUUUCUGGUACUUGCCGCUUCUAUGAACUAAAGGGAAGUGUGCUUUCCCCGAACUCGCAAGUACAUCUUCAUAGUAGGAAGAAAUCCUCUGGUAGCAGAAUCACCGGCAUUCAGUUUUUCGAACAGGACUCCCGUAGAGUUAUGAUAACAUCAGAGGAUUCCAAAAUACAUAUUCUUGAUGGGGUCGAGAUUGUGCAUAAAUAUAAAGGUCUAUCGAAAUCAGGAAGCCAUGCGUCUGCUACAUUUAGCUCAACUGGAAAACACAUAAUAUCAGUUGGGGAGGACUCACGUGUUUAUCUAUGGGACAAUGAUGACAUAAGCAUCCAAAGAUCGAAACAUACAAAAUCUAUACGAUCCUGUGAGCAUUUCCUCUCUGAAGGCAUUUCUAUUGCAAUACCAUGGUCAGGGCAGGCAACAACAGCAGGGGAUUUAGAAAAUUUUGGAAGUCCACUAACAGGUGAACAUCAAGAGGCUUCUUCUAGGACUUGGGAUUCAAGACGAUUUUCUGUAGGAAAUUGGUUUUCUAUGGAUGUGUCAUUUAGGGGCUCCGUAACAUGGCCAGAAGAAAUGCUUCUUCCAUAUGAUACACCGUGUGUUGAAAUUGAUGAACACCUAUGUACUUUUAAUGAUGAUCAUCUUCAUCAGGAGCAGCAGCAUAACAAGAACCUUAACUACAAAGCAUUAUCAGCAGCAUGGGGCCUUGUCAUUGUGACUGCUGGUUGGGAUGGAAAGAUUCGGACAUUCCACAACUAUGGAUUGCCGGUCCGGGUUUAAGAGUACUCAUAAAGUCAAGGAUAUUUUGCUGUUGUUGAGGCAUUGUUGUUCCGCAACCCGGAUAUGUUUGAAUGGAUGGAAUUGGCCUAUCUUAGGUGCUAUAUUGCUUUGAUAUUCCAAAAAUGUUGCCACACUUGUGUUGGAUCCUCAAGAAAUGUAAAAAUAUUUGGAGCAUUCGACACGGGUGUGGCUGCACUUUUGGAUUCCGGGGCAGCAUAGCCUAGGAGAGCUCGUCUGCAGAUAGAAACUGCGAUGGAAAUGAAUUCGAUGAAUCUUUACAAGAGUAAUAUUUGUUUCCUUGUGAAGUUGUAUAGUUAAUUGUUCUUUUUCUGUAGUUACCUCACAGAAGUGAAGGUCAAGAUCACUGCGCCUUCACUUUUCCUCCUCCUCCUGUUCUUUAGCUAGGAUAUGGUACUCAGGUUAAUUUUUUGACUGAUGAUCAUAUUGUAAUUUGUAUUCAACAGUGUAAAGAUAGAAUUAUUUCUCAUUGAAGACGAUUCAAAAAGGACUCUGUAUUCUGUGCUA